AUGUUUUACGAGGGAACUCUCCAGGACGGCAUCUCAACCGCUGUCGGCCAGCAGAAGCUUGUUCUGUGCUUUGUAACAGAUGAGACCGAUGAGAGCACGCAAUGGGAAAAUGAGUUCCUGGCCGAUGAAACGCUGAGCGACUUGCUCGAUAAGCACGCUGUUGCUCUCCGCCUCAAGGCUGGGUCCGAGGAAGCCGGGUAUCUAGCUCAGAUCUUUCCCCUGCCACGGACUCCCACUAUUGUUAUUAUCAAGAAUGGAGAUUUGAAGGAGUAUAUCACACCAGGAAUUAGCAAGGAGGACUUCGUGCGGAGAGUUCAGACUGCUUUCAGCUCCAUAUCUGGAGCUGCAGCUGCAGCUCAACCAGCACCAGCACCAGCGCAACCCAGCCCACCACAGCCCCAGUCAGAGACCCCCGCAGCACCACAACAGAGCUCAUCACCAACAGCGACCCAUGCAGCGUCUGAGAAUGUCCGUCGGAUUUUAGCUGAGAGAGCUGCUAGACUGCAGAUACAGAAGGAGGAGAACGAGCGCAAGGUCAAAGAGGAGCGCGCGAGGACAAAAGAGAAGGCCAAGGCUGAAGCUGAAGCUGGCAUGAACACGGACAACGCGAGGGCUCACAAGGCAGCAGAGGCAGUCAAGAAGAAGAGACAGCAAGACCAAGAUGAGAGAGCGCGGAUCCUCAAGCGCAUUGAAGAUGAUAAACUGGAGCGUCGCAUGCGCGCUGAAGAGCGUGAGAGGCAGCGAAGUGACAGUCUCAAGGGCGGCGACGUCGCAUCAUCCUUGGUGAAUGCGCCGCAGACAAAGCUUGCAUCUUCGACCAAGACUGGUGGAAUGACGGCUCUUCAAGUACGUCUCUUUGAUGGAUCAACGUUGAGAUCACGCUUCAAGACGAAUGCGCACCUUAAGGAGAUUCGAAAGUGGGUGGAUCAGAACAGAACCGAUGGUACACAGCCGUACACAUUCAAGCAGGUACUCACCCCUCUACCGAACAAGAACAUCGACGAGACCGAGGAGGAUAAGGCUGUUGGAGAGCUUGGCCUCUCCCCCUCGUCGACGCUGGUACUCAUACCUGUCACCAAAUUUACGACUGCCUACGACAACUCACAGGGUAUUGUAUCGAGGUUCAUUGGUUUCAUCCUGAGCAUUUUCUCUUGGUUUCUGAGUCUAUUUGGAGCUGGUCAAGAACGUACUGGACACCGAGAGUCUACAGAGGAUGAUACGCCAGUCAGUUCUCGGGAGCAGUCCCGAAUUCGAGGUUUCCAAAACCAGAGGGACCAGCAAAGAGAUCAGCAAUUGUACAAUGGAAAUUCGUUGAACUUUGAGCCACGACCAGAAGAGGAGGAAAAGGACAAUUGA